UACUUUCUACUGCCACACCAAACUACCAACAUGUACACUGCAUCAUUCUUCCUCAUUAUCAGCGCUCUCAGCCCUAUCCUCGCUGCCCCUGUCACUCAAGACUAUCCCCCAGAGAAACAGGUGAAAGUUAUCCUCGAGAACCCGACUUCUGGGAAGACUUCUGUGGCAUACCUCAACGCUCGCAAGGAUCAAGAACCAGCGUCCUUCACCAACCAAGGACCAUUCACAACCAUCGAGGUCAUCCCAGGCCGCGACGUGAGCGGAGGCUACUCCGCAUGCAAGGUCCUCGACGCAGCCGGCAACACCAUGGUGGCAAAACACAACGGCGAGGCCCACACCGCCCUCACGGCUGGGAAAAAAUGGAGCUUCGACGGGCCGAUUCAAGUCGCGAGCGUCAAAUGCUCGUACGCACUUGCUUAUAUCUCUGGGGAAUAUGAGCGUCGCGACGUUAGCGAGGAUCCAGUCCCCACUGUCACCGUCAAGCUCUACAAGAAUGACAAGGCUGCCGCAAGUUACAAGCACACAGGCGAGAACGUUUCAUUCUCCAUCGUCAAGGAGCAAUAUACCGAAAUGGACCUUACUAUCACGGGAGAGACUGAUUGCAAGGCUCAGAGUGACAAGGGCGACAUUCUUGGGAUUUUUCGAGGUGGCCGCAGUUAUGGCCCGGAAGGUGGAAAUACGCAAGAGUACCACUCGAUUAUUCCUGGUGGGACUGUCAUCAGCCAGAUUGUUUGCGCACCAGGCUUAGCCCGUGAUGUUACGGGCCUUGGAGCUUAG